AUGACAAUGGCACCUCCAAGGCUGGAAAAGGGUGUUGGGGUGUUAGAUAAGCCAGUAAUAGAGAAAGCAACUCCUGGAAGAGAGUCUGAGUUUGACUUGAGGAAAUCAAGGAAAAUGGCACCACCAUAUAGAGUGAUGCUACACAAUGACAACUACAACAAGAGGGAAUAUGUUGUGCAAGUGUUGAUGAAGUUAACUAGAAUUGGUCGAGAUGCAGUUUUAUAUGUUGAGUCGCUCAUUGAGUCAAUCAUGGGAGGAUUAGAAGGGCUAAUCAACAUUCUUGAUUCUGAAGGAGCUUCUACCAGAAGUCAGCUGAAACUACAAAUGGCUUUUGAUGGGCAGGAAAGAUAUAUGAAGAGAUCUUGGGAGCCAAGUGAUAAAGCUGAUCUUCACUUUGUCUACAAAGAUGUUGAAGGAGUAUCAACUCAAUGA